AUGUUUGUAAUUAGGACACCCACAAAAGCCCCCAAGAGGGCUCAAAGCACAAGCCCCGACUCGAACAGGGAAGUGACCGCCGAGCUAAACGUGACUUAUGAAGCGAAACCUUCAACCCCACCGACGGAAGCCUAUGUGAACGCUUUAAAUAGCAACAUAGAAACGGCCGAUCCGAUAGACAUCACUGGAUUUACGACGGAGGUGCCUGCUGAGACAGGAACAAAGCCUCAACCAAUUCGACUCAAAUUUAUGACUACACAGAGUCGCGCCGCACCAGCAAAGAAGAAGUUGACAAAAGCGCACUCUUCGCAAUCGAACUCAGGGUUAACAGAAGUGGCAUCAGCGGAUAGAGAGAAGACCUCAAAGUCUCAGGAAACUUUAAAUAAUCCAAUGGAACAAACAAAGAUCAUAGAAAGAAUUCUAGCUGAAACUAAAUACCAUGUGGACAACAUUCGUACUAACCUAAAUCAAUCUGGAAAUAUAAAACGCACAAUAAAGGAGGAAAUACAAAAAAGUACUAAAGGUCUAUAUAAGAUGGUGCUGCAGAGCAUUAAGAUCAAUACAGGAGAAGCAGUAGACUACAAUUUGGAAAUAGAUAUGCGAAAACCAGAAUCAAACGAACACAAACUUAACGAAUUAUUAGAAUAUAUUAAAACACAGACCACCACAUUGGAAAGAACACAACAGGAAAUUUUGAGCCUGAGAGGAGAAAUGAAAGAGCUUAAGACUAGAAAGACCGACGAAACAAGUAACAAAAUACAAGAACCAAAAUCGCAAAGAAUAGAACAAACUGGGGAAGAUCUUCGUAGAGAAUUGAAGAAACAUAGCGAACUUUUAAGAAACAGUUUUACUAGAAUUGAAAUGUUAAGUGACAAGAUUGAUAACCACCAGAAAGUGCUUGAAGGCACUACGUACGCGAGUGUGGCAGCGGGCGGAAUGGAAUACGCCAAGUCUCAUUCCUAUUUUACGGGCAAUCAAUUUGAGAUUAUUAAACAAAGGUACGAUAAUAUUAGAUUAGCAAUUUCUAACUAUCAAAGUAAGGAAGAGAAGCCCGAAAAAUUUAUUCAAAAAUCAGCUAGUCCAUUAACUGUACCCGGUCCGUCUCGUCAGUUGUCAUCUCAGUCUCAGGGGACGAACAGCAAGACUGACGAAAUGUUACGUAAGCAGAGCAGCAAUUUUAAAGCAUUUGAGCACACAGUAUCAAAUAUUGACUUACAAUCGGUAUCAGAGAAAUGGGAGUUCGAUCAUUUAUUACGAGCAGUACAAUCGCGUUGGUCCUUAAUUGACACCUUACACUGGGAAUUAGACAGCGAAAUUGGGAAUAGAAACCCAGAGUAUAGUAAUAAGCGCUUAAUUUUCCGUUCGCACAUUGAAAUAUUGUUAAACAUCCCUGUAGUACAACAAACUUCAUUAAAUCAUAUUAAGCGUAUUCACGAUACAACUUUAGAGACAUUAAACGCUAUAAAGAACUUGGGUGUCGACGUGGAAUCCUGGGAUCCGCUACUUGUUCAUAUUCUUUCUCAAAAAUUGGAUACAGACACAUACCAUGAAUACCUAUCAAUCGUAAAACAACCAAGGGAGAUACCUAAUUUGCAGGAAUUUUUGUCAUUUUUAGAGUGUAAAUUUACUAGUUUAGAGUCAGCUCGUAAGAAACCAGAAUAUCAAUAUAUGAAUAAGAUGCAUAAGACGAAUAAUUUGGCGCCGCAACAAUUUAAUAAAUAUAAUAAAAGUUUUAACAAGCAAGCAUUUCCGGCACACAGUAGGCUAAUUUCGCAACAAGCUAAUAUCAAAAACAACAGUUCAUUGAAAUUUUACAAGUGCGGAGUAUGCAAAACCAACGAACAUUCAUUAUUUUAUUGUCGCCAAUUUUUAAAUAUGACACCGCAGCUAAAACGCCGAACUGUAUCAAAACUUAAUGUAUGUGAAAACUGUCUUUAUUCGCAUAACGGCAAACCAUGUAUUUCCGAAAAACGAUGUAUUAAAUGUAACGAAACUCAUAAUACGAUUUUACACGAAUCAUUUACGCAAUCAGGUCAAACAAAUAGUUUUGAGUCUCCUCAGCAAAUUCAAAGCAACUCGCACGUGUCGUUGCAACGCGGCAUGCCUGAGGUACUUUUAGCUACAGCCAUUAUUAAAGUACAAAAAUAUGAUGGAACUUUCGUUAACAUGCGAGCUCUUAUAGACCAGGGCUCCCAAACUUCGCUUAUCACCGAAAAUGCAGCUCAAGUACUCGGUCAACCUAGAUCAAGAUGUCAAGGGGUGAUAUCAGGGGUAGGUGCGAAAGAGAGCAACUGUAAGGGCGUCAUAUCUAUUAAAUGUGCAUCGAAGAAUAGUCAUUUUGAAUUUAAGACCGAAGUUUAUAUCAUGAAAAGCCUCAUCAAGAAUCUACCUAAUUAUACAUUUUCCAAACCAUCGUGGCAUUUAUUAGAGAACAUUACCUUAGCAGACCCCGAGUUCUACGUAAGUCGUCCGAUUGAUCUACUUUUAGGUGCGGAUAUUUAUUCGUUAAUUUUAUUAAAAGGAAUUCGUAAGGCCGAUAAUCAUAUACCAAUAGCACAAAAUACACGUUUGGGCUGGAUAUUAACGGGAAACGUGAAAACUCUACAGUGUAACGUUGUUAUUAAUAAUUUACAAGAAAUACAAACAUUUUGGGAGAUCGAGGAUAUAUCAGAAACACCAAAUUUAUCAUUAGAAGAUCAGGAAUGCGUCAAUUUUUAUAAAUCUACCACAAUACGACGAAGCGACGGACGAUACGAAAAACAGUUACUUGCAAUCCAAGAGCAAUUGGAUACCAUAAAAAGAAGUGAACCAAGUAUAGAAGGAGUAUCAUACCAUCAUAUUCAUCAUUACACCGUGACCUACCUAGUUGUGGCGGUAGCCGCAGCGGUCGCGGCGGUAUAUGGAUGGCGGCGCAUCAGACGCGCGCGUCGCCGACUAGCGCCUAGCGCUCGAGUAGAAGAGCCGUGUGACAGUGAAGUGAACAGUGUAAAGUUAAAAGUAUUAAGUGACGUAGGGCAGUGUAAGAGCAAUUUAGUAAAAAGUGAAGUGAGUGACCAAGCUAUCAGUGAGCGUGUGUUCCGUAAAAAUAGGGGCACUUCGCCAGUGCGUCAGUCAGUUUUCUCUAUAACUGACACCGGGGUU